CAGCUGAUCUGGGUGCAACAGUUUUGGCACCCAUCACACAGAAAGUCUGCUCAACUCUAAUUUUUCAGUCAGUUAUGUUUUUACCAAGCCUUGCUAGGUCAGCGUUAGAAAAAAAUCUGGCAGAUGCUACAAUAGAAAAAAAUAUUGAUGAUAAUCUGGAACCAGAACUGGAAGAUUACAAAUGUGAAGUAGCAUCUGGAUCUUUGAGGAUUGGCACUGUUAGUGCACCAAUCUAUAAUGCCCAUGAGAAAAUGAAAGUGCCUGAUGUUCUGUUCUAUGACAAUGUUCAGCACAUGAUGGUGAUGGAAGAUAUGUUCAAAGACUUUCUCCUUGGAGAGCACUUAUUAUUGGUUGGUAAUCAG